CAUGGUCCCAAUCAGAUAGAAAUAAUUAUUGCUUUGUAACCGGCGUUUGCUAAACCUCGUUUUUAUUCUUAUUAGUAGGAUUGAGAUAUAGUUUAUAUAGUUAUUAAUUUAUAAUAAGACCCUAGGAAAACCGAUGUCUUAAAAUUGGUGAGGUUAACGAGCUAAGAGACAAUGCCACAAGCGAGAAGGAAGACUCCCUUCAGUGGGAAGGCUAAAAAGCAGCAGUUGCAAGCAAAGAAACAGAACAAAACAUUAUUGCUGUCAUCGUCAUCAAACACAAGCAACUAUGAUGUUCUCUCGAUGAACUACCAGCCGAGCCGGGGCGGGGUGAGGGGUCGCGGAGACGCGAACAGAUACGCUCUGAAGUUCUACAGGGAGAGCGACGAGGAACUGAGGCUGAAGAAGGAGGAGGCGCUCAAAGCAUUGAAUCCGGUGAGCGAGAAGGAGAUGGAAAUAGAUCCGAUAGAUUUCUUUCCGUCCGAGCUCACGUUUCCGAAGCGACCGCCGUGGGACUUCAACAUGACGCCAGCGCAACUGGACGCGCAGGAACAGAAGUAUUUUAGGGAAUACAUCAACGGGCUGCAAGCGUCGCCCCGCUGGAAGGAGAUGUCCUAUUUCGAGCUGAAUCUGGAGACCUGGAGGCAGCUGUGGAGGGUCUUGGAAAUGUGUGACAUACUGCUGCUCAUCGUGGACGUGAGGUUUGCGGGUAUGAUGUUCCCCCCCUCCCUUUACGAAUAUGUGGUGAAAGACCAGGGCAAGGAUAUGAUCCUGGUGCUCAACAAAAUCGACCUGGUGCCAGCGCCGGUGGUUGCUGCCUGGAAGGAAUACCUAACCUCCACGUGCCCCGGAUUGAGGGUGGUUUACUUCACGUCGUGCCCCGGAUACAACUUGGCCGGGGCAAAUUGCGAUAAGGCCGGUCUCCAAGUCCGUAGGCGCAAGGGAAGGCAGAGGAUGUGCGCCGAGGGAGCAACGAAGAUUCUGGAAGCGUGCAAGGAUAUUGUGAAGGGGGAAGUGGAUCUCGGAUCGUGGGAGAGAAAGAUCGCCGAGGAGAGCGGGGUGGAGUUCGAGGAUGAGGAGACGGAAGUCGGCGAGACGAUCCUCCAGCAAGCGGACACGUCGUUCUACACGCACGAGAAAUACAAAAACGGCGUGCUGACCGUCGGCUGCGUGGGGCAGCCCAACGUGGGCAAGAGCUCGCUGAUGAACGCCAUCAUGGGCCGGAAGGUGGUCUCCGUCUCGCGGACGCCGGGCCACACCAAGCACUUCCAGACGAUCUUCCUCACGCCGCAGGUGCGUCUGUGCGACUGUCCCGGCUUAGUGUUUCCGUCGAUGGUGCCUCGUUCCAUACAGAUACUGAUGGGUUCCUAUCCCAUAGCGCAGUUGAGGGAGCCGUAUACAACCAUCAGAUAUCUGGCCGAGCGUCUCGACCUGCCCAGACUCCUGCGCAUCGACCACCCGGAGAACGAUGACACCUGGUCGCCCAGAGAUAUAUGCGACGGGUGGGCCAAGAAGCGUGGCUACCUCACCGCUAAAGCCGCCAGGCUGGACACAUACCGAGCGGCUAACAGCAUUUUAAGGAUGGCGUUGGACGGGAAAAUCUGCCUGUGGCUGCGUCCGCCUAACUUCACAGACGAGAGAGAGAAAUUCGAAAAAUGCGACGAGAUAAAAUACGUGAAGUGGGUGCAAGCGCUCACGCGGGACGCGUCCGCGGCGGUGACGUCAUCGUCGGAGGGGGACGGCGAUAGCGCGGACAGCGACGGCCGCGAGAGCGAGGGGGACAGCGAUAGCGGCGGCGAUACGGCCGAAAUGGCUAAUAAAUUCGCCGCGUUAGCUAAUGAAUAAAUGUUUUAAUGUAGUUUUUUUAUAUUGUUUUUUUUUUAAUAUAAUGAUUUAAUAAAAAAAUGGCUUGAUUUAAACUAAUUUGCUGCAGGAAUUAUUGUUUUUAAGACAUGUUUAAUGGAGGCGAAUUUAAUUUGAUUUCAUAAUUCAAAUAUAUUUCCAUGGAAAUGUAUACGUAUUUCUAUGGAAAUUUUUGCAUGUUGUUUAUAUAUGCUACUAGCUUUCCGCCCGCGGAUUCGCCUGCAUGGUAAAACAAAAAGGUAAAGAUAUAGUCCCGUGGGAUUCCCGGUAUUGAGUCACGUUCAUAUAAUUUCUAGGAUAAAAACUAUCCUGUGUCCUAACUCGGGUUUAAACUAUCCCUGUACCGAAUUUCAUCCAAAUCGGAUCAGUAGUUUAAUCGUGAAGGACGGACGGUGACUUUCGCAUUUAUACUAUUUAUAAUUUAUCCAUAUUUAGCAUUAUAUAACUUUUGUCUCUCGGAUCGCGAUGGCGUUUAGACAUAUAUAUACAUAUAUAUCUAGUUUAUUAUUAGUAUUUUCUUGUGUUUGAUUUCACGCGAGUAUUAUGCAU